AUGGCUGGCUUCGUGCAAUCCUCGACAGAGAGGAACUAUAGCCAGUUGGAUAAGGAAGCGCUAGCCAUUGUGUCAGGGGUAAAAAAGUUUCACGAAUACGUUUUCGGGAGAGACUUUGAAAUUGUUACAGACCAUAGACCUCUGUUAGGGAUACUGGCUGGCGACCACCCAACGCCUGUGGCACUUUCGCCACGAUUGACCCGAUGGACCAUCUUCUUAGCCGCUUAUUCCUACAAGCUGCAGCAUCGACCCGGAAAAGAGUUGGGGCAUGCGGACGCCUUAAGCAGAUGCCCACUACCAGGGGCGAUCGAAGACCCCACUCCGGGGACGCCCAUCCUGCUAAUUGACUCUCUGGACUCUGGCCCAGUCACGUCUAAGGAGGUGGCUCGGGCAUCAUACCGGGACAUUAUUUUGAGGACUGUACUCGGUUGGGUACAAAGAGGGUGGCCCGCUGCGCCGGGCGAGCGUUUUAAAGAAUUUGUAAAAAAACGUGGGGAACUUUCGGCUCAAGGGGGGUGCCUGCUAUGGGGGGAUAGAGUGGUGAUCCCAGAGAAAUUAAGAAAAAGGGUGUUGGAUCUCCUGCACGAGGGUCACCCAGGGAUCGUUAGGAUGAAGGGUCUAGCGAGAAGCUAUGUGUGGUGGCCCUUAAUGGACUCCGAAAUUGCUGAAAGGGUAGGGAAAUGCCAGGCCUGCCAGGAGUCCAGACCUCUACCCCCAACGGCCCCGGUUCGGGAAUGGGAAAGACCCCAAGGGCCCUGGUCAAGAAUCCACAUUGAUUUUGCCGGCCCCUUCCACGGCCAAACCUUCCUGGUAGUAGUUGAUGCCUACUCCAAAUGGCUGGAAAUCAUUCUCAUGAGAUCCAUGACAGCCGAAGCCGUGAUCUCAGUCCUACGGCACCUAUUUGCAACACACGGGUUGCCUGACACAUUGGUUUCCGAUAACGGCCCGCAAUUCACGGCAACACAGUUUGAGGAAUACUUGGCAGAAGAGGGCAUCCGCCAUGCCCUCUCGGCGCCUUUCCACCCUGCGACGAAUGGCCUUGCAGAGCGUUUCGUCCGAAGCGCGAAAGAGGCAUUAUCCAGACUCAAGCCAGGCGACUGGCAAUCAAAAAUAGAUAUUUUCCUAGCCGUCCAACACCGAACCCCCUGUGCCACCACCGGCAGAAGCCCUGCCGAAUUACUAAUGGGCCGAAAACUCAGGUGCCCACUAGACCGUUUAAAUCCCAACUAUACACCGGAGGGAUACAAGGGGGGACUCGAAAAGACAAGAGGAAUGGAUAUAGGCGACCGGGUAUGGGCACACAACUAUGGUGAGGGCCCGACCUGGGUAGCAGGAAAAAUUCUAAACAUAACAGGCCCCAAAUCAUACUUGGUAGAGUUAACGGAUGGCCGAGUAUGGAGGCGACAUAUAGAUCAAUUGAGGAAACGGUUAGCCGGACAACCCGAGUCAGACGAAACAGGCCCUGACUAUUCUAUGUUUGAACCAACAGCUGACUCAGACCCGGGAAAAUCGCAGGACUUAACUGAAUUCCCGGAGGUCCAGCGACGCCCACAGGUUCCUGUAGAAAACAGCAGGGACAACUCGGAAAAUAAUCCAGGGCCGGAUGGCCUAGAGGAGGAGCCGAGAGGAGCAAACAGCCCCUCCGGCCAACUCAACCCGCUCCCAGAGACUGUACUGCGCAGGUCCGAAAGAGUCAGGAGACGCCCAGUCUAUUUACGUGAUUACGUUGAAAAGUAAUAUGUAAAUAAAUGUAAAUAUAUAGGUAAAGUGUUUUCUGGGAGGGAAGGAGUGUAAUGUAUCUUUAAAUAUUUUGGCGGGAAACAAGCACGUUGCUGAUUGGUUGAAGCCGCCGGUUAAACAGUAUAUAAGGAGAGGUUUUUCCCCAGCCUGGUUGCUGGGUUCACCAUAUAGUAAAGAGCUGUUGUCACUACCCUGGUCUCCUGCCUCGUUAUUGCCCGAAUCUA